UGUUCUAGCGCCCAAGGAUGACGUGUUCUUCCAGCGCCACGUCGUGAGGAAGUGGAGCGGUUGAAAGGCGCCGGGCGGUGUGGAGCAGGUGUUGGGUUUAAGGGUUUACCUGGCUGGUGUCUUCUUGUUCUGGGGUCAUCUUCUGCCAGGGCAGGAGCUAUGUCAUGGAUCAAGGAAGGAGAGCUGUCACUUUGGGAAUGGUUCUGUGCCAACAUCAUAAAAGCGGGCCCAAUGCCCAAACACAUUGCCUUUAUAAUGGAUGGAAACCGUCGCUAUGCCAGGAAGUGCCAAGUGGAGCGGCAGGAAGGCCACUCACAGGGCUUCAACAAGCUGGCUGAGACCCUGCGCUGGUGUUUGAACCUGGGCAUCCUAGAGGUGACGGUCUACGCGUUCAGCAUUGAGAACUUCAAACGCUCCAAGAGUGAGGUAGACGGGCUAAUGGAUCUGGCCCGGCAGAAGUUCAGCCGCUUGAUGGAAGAACAGGAGAAACUGCAGAAGCAUGGGGUAUGUAUCCGGGUGCUGGGCGAUCUGCAUUUGUUGCCCUUGGAUCUCCAGGCGCUGAUUGCACAGGCGGUACAGACCACCAAGAACUAUAACAAGUGUUUCCUAAAUGUCUGCUUUGCUUACACAUCCCGUCACGAGAUCAGUAAUGCUGUGAGAGAGAUGGCCUGGGGAGUGGAGCAAGGCCUGCUGGAUCCCAGUGAUGUCUCUGAGUCUCUGCUCGAUAAGUGCCUCUAUACCAACCACUCUCCGAAUCCUGACAUCUUGAUACGGACUUCCGGGGAAGUGAGGCUCAGCGACUUCUUGCUCUGGCAGACUUCCCACUCCUGCUUGGUGUUCCAGCCCGUUCUGUGGCCAGAAUACACAUUUUGGAACCUCUGUGAGGCCAUCCUGCAGUACCAGAUGAACCAUAGCACGCUCCAGGUAGUCGCUGUCUUCUCCUUAGGAAAAGUUAAAAGCUUGAACUAUUGUCUCCUACAUUCCUGACUGAACCAUGGCGUUGCCUGCUAAUCCUGCUCAUUCUGGGACUGACUGGCAAUGACUUAACCCUGCAGAGUAUCAUUCUCCUCACCUGUAAAAUGAGGAGUGGUGUCAAUAAGAAUGCCUGCCUGGGGUGCCUAGGUGGCUCCGUGGGCUCAGGGUCCGACUCUUGAUUUCGGCCCUGGUCUUAAUCUCAGGGUUGUGAGUUCAAGCCCCACAUUGGGCUCUGCACUGGGCAUGGCGCCUACUUAAAAAAAAAAAAAAAAAAAAAGUCCUGCCUCACAGGUUUGUGAUAGGGUGCAGUAAGCUAAUACAGCAAAAGUGCUGAGAGCAGUGCUGGAACAGAAUUCAUCUUCAGAGAAUCAUGGCCAGUAUCCUUUCCCGUGUGUGUCUCUGAGCUCUUCAUCAGAGUUCUCCUGUCUCCAGAAAAGCCAUAGGCUCAGAGCACCCUUCUCAUCCCGUGCCAGUACAGUUCCCUAGGCAGGAGACCCUGGGGGUGCUUCAGUAUGUGGUGUUUCUGGCAGGGGUAGCUGUCUCAGGCAGCCAUCAGAAAUGCACCCCCCAUGCUACUCACCUGGGCACGUUGACUGCGGCAAAUGGGGACUUAUGGGUGGACUUGUCAUUGGCUAAUAAAUGUUUUGUAAUCAAAUGCCUGCAGCCUCUCUCCAGGCCCAGACAGUGUAGCGGAGGACUUGAGAAUUUAUAUACUGGAGGGGCUGUUACAUCUUGCUCCCUAAUUCUGCUGAGGAGAGAACAAGAGCAGAGAGGCUUAAUGCUCAGGAGAGGUUUAGAUGAAUAGGGCAGAGCCCCAUUUCUCAAAGCAAGCUCCAUGGAGCCCUUGCACCAAGAUGGCAUGAGGUCUGUAUAAAAAGUCUCUAAGGAAAUUACUAAUACCCACACCUGAUUGGUCAUUAAAAGGGAAAGUAGACAGUAUGGUCAGGGAGAGAGAAAUUGAUUGUUAAGACUUCUUGAGCCUGGAUUUUCUGAGGCUGAAUACCUGAGAAGACUUAAAACACAUCUGAAAUGUGGAGGUAGAUCCAGACCAUGCGGAGGCUGGAUAGACAGGCAUUUAUAUGCACUGAUUCCCCACGCCACCCCUACAAAGCACAGCUUAUCCAGAGACACAUUUCCCAUAGGUCUCUCAAGAAGCUACCUUAGUGGAGAAACCAGUGGAACUUCAGCCUGCUGUGACCUAGGCCCUCCCCACCUCAGCCUCAGUGUCCUUAUCUGUACAAUGGGGAGGCUGGGUAGAUGGUCUUUAGGAGCUCCCCUGGCUCUGUCAUCCUAACAGUAAAUCUGAUUCCUGGCAAUAAGGGGCCAGGCCCUCCCUUGACUGCAGCCUCCCUGCCCAGCACUCAGUCUGGGGAUGCCAUCAGAAGAAGCCUGAGCCUCACAGAGUGACUUUAAGCAGCUCCAUGUUUCCUCCCUCUGUGGCUGAGUACUCCCCUCGUUUCUGUCCUGCCAGUACUUACGUACUUGGCUUUGUCCACAAGCAGUGGUAAGAGAAGAGCAGCUGACCGUGAAUAGCCAACUACUAAGUUGGCCAUUCAUUUUCUCAUUUUUCCUCAAGCCACCCAUUGUGCAGAGGACUCACUCUGGCCUGGUCAAGCUCUUCAAUUCCGUGUGUCUUUGCCAUUAUUCCCACUGCCUGAUAUUCUCCUCCCCCCAUACACCCCACCUUUAUCCAAAUCCUCCCCGUUGGUUAAAACCCAGCUCAAAUUCUGCCUGUCCAUGAGGUGUCACUGUUUCUUGAUCAUCAUCAGUGACAAUGUCUCUCUUCUCUGAGCUCUGUGUCCUAAUCGGCCCAUAAGCACGUGGAUUGCUGAGACCAUAUCCUCCAUAUCCUGUACAUCAUACCCUAGUAAGGUUCUGUACACAAAACCCAGGGUUCCUCCUUCUGCCCAAGGCCAGGAAGAAGCCUUUCCAGCAAGAUGGAAGGCCUUCACAGUGACUUCUCAAACCCUUCUAGUCUUCAUAGCUCCAUGUGUGAGCUCAUCACCCUAGCAGAAGAGUGCCCUUGAAUGCCUGGGUUCAUACAGGAGCCUAGGGAGGGAUUUUCCAGAAUUUCCAUUUGUUAUCUUUAUUCAUGCAGUAAACCUUGAUUGCUGAGAGACCCUAGCAAAUCAUUUCCCUACUCUGAAUUUCCAUGUCUGUCUCCAAAAGAUAAAAAGUAGCUGCACUGAGAGGGUCAAGUGCUUGUGCAUGUGUAAGAUACUCUUUAAGGGAGGAAGGCGGAGCAAUCCAGGUUUACAGGCUGAGUAGGACACAGGUACACAAAUACUGUACUACAAGGUAGAAUGUGGUAAGGGUCAUCAGGGUAUAGAAGGCCAACCUAGCAGCAAAGUGUAGUUUCUUACACGUGGAAUAGGUUUGGCAGGAGGAGCUCUGGAGCCAAGGCUCCAUAUCCAGUCAGGAUGGCCUUGGUCCGGCUCCGGGGGGAUUUUCCCCUCACCAGGAGCUUCCUCCCUGCCUUCCUAGGGCCACCUGGUCAGUCAGUUGAGUAUUUCACAUGUACAGGGCGCCCAAAGUGCCAGAGAGGAAACGCCACACGGUCUCUGCCUUCUGGGAGUUUAUGGUUUGUCUGGAGAUACACAAGCAAAUGAGAAGUGCUGCCAGGGACCACGAUCCCUUCCCUGGUGUCAGAGCUGGUUCCAGGAGCCCCGAGCACUCAGGCAAGCCCUCACAUGCUUUAUUUUCUAACAGAAGAAGUGGCCUAUGGAUAACACCUAUUCUACUCGGUAGAAUGCAGUAAGUGGCUUAAGAGAGCAGAACCUGUUUCUCACCACGUUCCUAGGAGGAUCAUUUGCUGGAAGAGUCAGGCCGGUCUCCCUACAGGAGGCAAGUCUGGAGCCAAACUCGGAAAAAUAGUUGAGGGGGUUGGGAGGAUGGCACCCUUAGAAUGACCCGGGAAGCCAAAGGAGGUGACCCAUUGGCCGUGCCCCAGGCAGGAAUAGGACCUUCCUUGCAGCAGAGAAUAGACAAUAACUUGUGAAAUUGCUGUUUCUGUGUGAGAGCCUGCUAAUAUUCGAGAGAGGGUUUUGCAUAUAUUAUCUCUAAUCCUUAAAACCACUCUUCAAGGUAGACACAACCCCCACUUUACAGAUGAAGAAAUGAGGUUAGGAGAGGAUUUGCCCAAAGCCACAAAGCUAGUUGGUGGGGGAACCAGAAGUCAGACCCGCGUUCGCCUGGUUCCCUUCCAAGUGUGAGCCUGAGAAGAAUUUCAAGAAAGACAGAGGCUCCCACCCAAAACAAACCAAGAUGGACCCAGAACUGCCGCUGCCGGGCCUCUGCCUCAUGGGCGCCCCCCCUGCACAGCCACUCCCAAGCUCUUCCUGAUCUGGUACAAACUCCCCAUUGUUCCACUUAACUUGGCCCGCCUGGUGCCCCACCCCCUACCUCCUCCAUCCCAGUUCCACUCACACCUAAAAAUGAUCUCCCCACCCCGACCCCCACUUUU